AUGACUUUAUUUGCAAUGAGGCGUUGGGGUAUUUCCAUCGCUCUGCUAUGCCUUCAUUGUGCCGGAGGUGCCUUUGCUGACCAGGAUUCCCCAAGACUGUACCGCGACGGCACGCUGCGUGGAGAUCUGCUGCUAUUCAAUGGAAAGAUUCACACACAGGACGCCAGCAGUCAGACAGCCUCUGUAGUGGCCGUUCAUGACGGAAAGAUAGCUUAUGUGGGCGAUAGCCAAGAGGAUGCAUCACAACUACUCAGCGGCAAUGCCUCGUCGAUUGACCUGUCAGGGCGCGCAGCCGUCCCAGGACUCAUCGACUGCCACAAUCACAUCGUAUUGAUGGGUAACCGCCCAGGAUACCACACGCCCCUGGAAAACGCGUACUCGGUUUCGGACGUCCAGGCGAUAUUUAGAGCACGGGCUAGCGAUGUGCCCGGGGGCUCAUUCGUGACCACCAUCGGCGGGUUUCAUCCAAACCAGUUUCAAGAAAGGAGACUGCCAACAUUGGCUGAAUUAGACGAUGCCCUGCCAGGCCAUCCGGUAUUCAUUUCGUAUAGCUUCGCUGGCCCAGGCGUGACCAACAGUCUUGGUAAGGCCUAUUUCGAAUCUCUCGAUCAACCACCUGUCAUAGACGGCGAAGGGAACAUCGCUUCCGGUACAGACAACGGCAAGGCUCUGCUCGCUCUGCGACAACAGCUCACCUUCGACGAUCGCAAGCGCGGUGUUACUGACGCCAUGGCAUAUGCUGCAUCACUUGGCGUGACCACCCAUUUAGACCAGGGGGCCUUCCCAGCUACAGGGACUCCUUCCGACGGUGCCGCGAGCGAGGACUUAUACUCUAUGCAUCUGCCAUGGUUAUCGGUGUACGACGACGCGAAGGGCAUCGUCCGCCUGCGCAUCAACUUCCUGCACAUGGACGACACGCUGGACGUGCCGACAGUGCAGCAACGCCUACUCAACACGUUCAGGUUCUUCGGCAACGACAUGAUUCGGACUGGCAGCAUUGGCGAGUUCAUCACUGCGAAUUAUACGGGCGGCCCGGUGUUCGAAGAAGCCGCUCGACGCAUUGCCCGCGCUGGUUGGCGCCUGGAAGUCCAUUCCCUUACCAACACGGACUUCCAGACCCAGAUCCAAGCCUUUGAGAACAUCAACGCGCAGCAGGACAUCACGGACUUGCGCUGGGUGGUAGCGCAUGUCCCGCAGAUCACGGAAGAGUACCUGGAGCGCCUCCGGAAGCUCGGCGGGGGCGUCAACCUGUCCGGCUGGCAGUAUUUAGCGGGCAGCGGGCCCAAAGCGGGCCCGCCGUUCAGGACCAUUGUCGACAACGGCAUCCCGGCCGGGAUCGGCGCCGACGGCAUGCAGAUUGCGCCGAUGAACCCGUGGGUGCACGCGUACUAUGCGACCACAGGCAGAAACGCGCUCGGGCAGCAGAUCAACGAGGGCCAGCAGAUCAGUCGCGAGGAGUUCCUGCGGCUGUACACCCGGGCGAACCAGUGGUUCCUUGGCGGGCCGGAUGAGCAUAUCCUGGGCGCCCUGGAGGUGGGACGGCUGGGCGACAUCGUCGUCCUCAGUGACGACUACUUCGCCGUUCCUGAUGAGCAACUCAAGCAGCUCCACUCGGUGCUGACCAUCGUGGGUGGUGUCGUGGUUCACGAUAGCAGGGACUGA